AAGCCCUCUUAUAUUUAUCUCUCUUUUUAGUUGAGGAAAGUCACUUGGGUGCUGCCAGUGUGACUCGUCCACAAUGACUUCUCUGGGCCUCAUCUUGUUGUCAAGUUUUCUUUGCCAUGUUGUUAUUGCAGGACGGACCUGUCCAAAGCCAGAUGAUCUACCGUUUGCCGUAGUUGUUCCGUUAAAAUCGGUCUAUGAGCCAGGAGAGCAGAUAGUGUACUCUUGCCUGCCCGGCUAUGUGUCCCGAGGAGGCAUGAGAAGAUUUAUUUGCCCUCUCUCCGGGAUGUGGCCUCCCAAUACUCUGAGGUGUCAGCCCAGAGUAUGUCCUUUUGCUGGAAUCUUGGAAAAUGGAGCCGUACGUUAUACAACCUUUGAAUAUCCUAACACGAUCAGCUUUGCUUGUAACACUGGAUUUUAUCUGAAUGGAACUAGUUCUGUUAAAUGCACUGAGGAAGGGAAAUGGAGUCAGGCGCUUCCUGUCUGUGCUCCUGUAAAAUGCCCACCACCACCUGUACCAAAGUUUGCAAAACUUAGAGUUUAUGAGACAUCAUCUGGAAACAACUCCAUCUAUCGAGAUACAGUAGGCUUUGAAUGUUUGCCAAACUAUGCAAUGUUUGGAAAUGAUACAGUUACCUGCACAGCACAUGGAAAUUGGACCGAACUACCAGAAUGCAGGGAAGUAAAGUGCCCAUUCCCAUCAAGACCAGAAAAUGGAUUCGUGAACUAUCCUGCAAAACCAGCACUUUAUUACAAGGAUAAAGCCACAUUUGGUUGCCAUGAUACAUACGUACUGGAUGGCCUUGAAGAAGUAGAAUGUAGCAAACUUGGAAACUGGUCUGCACUGCCAAGUUGUAAAGCAUCUUGUAAAUUAUCUGUUAAAAAAGCCACCGUGCUAUACAAAGGAGAGAGAGUAAAACUCCAAGAACAAUUUAAGAAUGGGAUGCUUCAUGGUGAAAAAGUUUCUUUCUUCUGCAAAAAUAAGGAAAAGAAGUGUAGCUAUACAGAGGAGGCCCAGUGUAUAGAUGGCACCAUUGAAAUCCCCAAGUGCUUCAAGGAACACAGUUCUUUGGCUUUCUGGAAAACGGAUGCAUCCGACGUAAAGCCAUGCUGAAGUGGUUUUCAGAUUCAAAAUUAAAUAUCAUACUUGCAUCUGCUUAUUCAAAGAUUCUAAUGGAAGUGGAAAAAAUAAAGUUGCUGAAUUUAUGACUUCA